CCAUCGUCUUGAUAAGCCGUUAUUUUAUCAAAGAUAACAGUAUAACGGAUAACUUAGGGCAGUGAGAAAAUAUUUUGACUCCAGUGUUCGAUAUAUUAUAUAUAGAAGAAGAAAUGAAAGUAUAGUGAGCGUAAAAUGUGAUGAUAGAGAAUGAUCGAAACGUUAUACAUUGUGGAGAAACGUUGAAAUAUAUGUACAUAAAUGUGUGCUGAAUUUGUUCAUCAAAACUAUAGGCUGUUAAGUUUGCCGCAUUAAAUUUUCGUAAUGAAUGGAAAUAUGGAAUUAGAGGCGCAAGAAAGAUCUAGUAUACCACCGGUUUUUCGAGGACCUAUUGUUAUUACGGUACAACCGCAAGGUGAAAAUAACUCGGGCAGAAGACCAAUACCAAUAUCUACUACGGACUGGGUCUCAACACCCAGAUCUCAAUUGAAUGUACUAUCGGGAAUGCAUUUCUUAGCCGGAGUUGAACAGUUGGAAAUUCAAAGGAUAAUCAACUUUAAUGGAUUAUUUGGAUUAUCUGGAAAUAGAAAACAAUAUAGAGUGAAAGUACCAAAAGCUGAAACGAUCUUUUUAGCUACGGAAUCUCGUGAGGACAACGAGGAAAGGUACAUACGUAGAGUUGCAGAUUUUACGUUAAUUUUCUUAGACCAAGCUGGAGAAACAGCGUUUGUUAUUAAGAAAAAUCCUGUAUGGAAAUAUAUGCCUGGACCAGUACACAAACUUACGGUAUCAAGUACGAGUUUAAUUGGGAGUGUGGAACAAAAUUUCUCUAUAUUGGGCCCGAGUUUUACCGUUUACGAUGCUUCACGGAAACCUUUGUGCAAUAUAUACGGACCGAAUGCAUGUAGUUGUUGUAUGUACAAGGAAUCACAAUUUCAGAUUAUUUCGAUCGAUGGUUCACAUCAAAUGGCAUCUUUAAUGCAUCAGUGGAAUAAUACAAUCUAUGAUUACACUUUAUUACUUACUUUUCCAUUAGAUCUCGACAUAAGAUUAAAGAGUCUAUUGCUCGGUGCAUCUUUUCUAAUGGAACACUUAUACUUCGAAAACGUUAAGAGAACGUGAAAAAAACAAACAAAAAUUCGAAUCGAUAAGACAUUUAUUUAUACACAAUUAUUUGAAAUAAAAUGCAAUAAAGUGCGAUUAAAUUGUAUGACUCGAUU